AUGUGUGUCAGUCACAUCGAAGCCGAUCAUCUUUUGUUUACAUUAAAAAAUGUGCUUCGUAAUCUCCGCAUCACAUCACAUUGUGACGGUGUUUUUAAUACAAUUGGUUCCUUAAAUAGAACGCAAAAUGGGUCGACACAAGACAACCGAUCCGAACAAGGAUGUAAGGUCCAUCAAACAGGGGCUGCCGGGAAUACUUCGUCCAGAAUAUCGUGCUAUUCUGGUCCAAAUCAUCACAAUUCUGUCGAUUAAGGCCACAAAAAUAGCAAGUUUGGCAUCGUUGCUAUUGUUGAUGAUGGUGAACGAAAACAUUGAAGACAUUGAAGGCAAUAAUGGUGAAAAAAAUUUCGAACAGGGUGGGAAAAAAGUAAUCCAAAAUUGUUUUAGAGCUGUGCUCUUGGCCAACAUUGACAACGUGUCGCUGAUGUUACCGAAUUUUCGUCACAGGGUUGAAUCGCAUUUUAUUGAAUGGCCAACCAACAAUGGCUUCGACGCAGCGUUUACGUAUCUAUGGGAGCAGUAUAUGGAUAACGUCAAAACAAAUCUGACUACCCAUUGCAAAAGCCGAUUAAAGAAAUUCUUUGAAAUGCGCGUAUUUGAAUUGAACGAUUUUACAGCGCAGUACAAUUAUUUCAACGAUCGGUUUGGUCACGGUAACGUAUUGCCAUAUUACGACAAUGUUGACAUAACAAAUGCCAUCAACUACACAUAUCAUCGCAGAAAUACCACCAAUGGUGAUAACAACGUGAAUUGCGACUGGGCGAGUUGUUAGAUGAGCUACGUUUUAUUGGUGAACCAGAAGAUUGCAACAUCAAGGAUUUCGUAAAGAAUGACUGGUUCAAAUCCAUUCGCAUGUGGAUGUUCAUUCAGCGCUCUAUCCGGAUGUUUCAUAUCACGUACAAAGAUCGCCGUGAUAAACCACGAUUCCGGAAUUUCGUUGUUGUACCGAUAUGGGAUUUCCAACGGCGACAAAUUCGUGUCAAAUUUGGUAAACAAAAAUCCCAAAAAGGAACGCCAAAUUGGAGAAAAAAUGAGAAGAAAGAAUUCAGUGCAAACAAGCAUGGGAGUUGGAAUCUGUUUUUCGAUAUGGAGAAAAUUUGCAAAUUGGUGAUGAUAUCAUUGGGACGCAAAACAAAAUCGUCGUGAUGCGAAAGCCAAAAGAAUCGAAAUGAACCAUCCGUUUUCUACAUUGGAGCCGGAAGAUCAACACCAGCCGAUUAGAAUCAAGAAAUAUGUACGCUGUCCAGGCACGCGCAAACUCAUUAGAUCGAUCAUGAAACGCGGCAAUUGCAUCAUUCGAGUGGUCGAUGAAUACAUGACAUCACAGCAUUGUCCAUUGUGUUUCAAGCGAUUUCCACUAGCAACUCGAGGCGAUCGAUACAAGACAUGUGUGGGUUGUGCACCAAAUCCAAUUGUUGGACUUACCAACACUCAUUGUAACCAAUGUGAGCAAACGAAAAUAAAACUGAUGAUUUGUUGACGAUUUAUUUAGUUUUCCUUCAAAUUAAUGCAAAUGCGACGAACAAUUGAACGAAUGUGGCGCGAGAAAUGGGCGAUGAAAUUGCUGCAACUCUUCGGAAUGGACCGAAUGCAGGUCGUUUGGUGUCAAAGAAGCAACGCUUCUUCAAAACAUGGCUACAAAAUGUUGCAAACAUUGAAAUCGAGGGAGCUGCUGGAGCACAACCAACGCUCAAAACUGUAUGGCAUCGUGAUAUCGCAGCAGCGAAGCUGAUCCAGUACAAAGCUAUGCAAUCUGAUGAAAUUGAUACAAAUUGUAAACGAAUUGAUAAUAAUGUGUUUUCGUUAUUUCAUUUGGAACUUGAAUGUGUGGUGUUCAAGCGGACAAUUCAUCCAAAUGUACGCAGACCACCCCAUGUUGUCAACAAUCAACCAUUACCAUUGUAUCGCGGUCAGAAUCAGAAUGUCAACAAUGGACAACUGCAGCCGUAGAAGUAGCAGCGUUCAUUCAACGAAAUCAACUAUAUUCAAUCAAAUCAUAAUUUAGAAAUUAGUUAAAACAAUUAUUUGUUAGUACGCUAGGCUUGAUUAAAUUGUGGCAUUGCCCCAGUACAAGUAUUCUUGUAGUUCGGUUAAGUCCAAAUGUCAAACAGUUGACAUUAUUCAAUCACAGAAAAUAUUGACAACAAGUUUUUUUCCACUUAAACUGAAAGUUGUCCCACGUUUUCACUUUAUAAUGACGGAAAGAUAAAACAAAUUUGGAAUAACAUUAACAUUGUGAUACAACAUUUAUUUGUAUGAAGCUGAUUUAGAAUAGUGAUAAAUGACGUGUGCCAUUUUUGAAGUCAAAUUAAUGAUUUUAUUUUGUUUACCACUAAAUUUUUCUGAUUUGAUUAUAUUGUGUUAAUUAAAAAAAAAUCCUAUUUUCUAUAAAUUAAGUCCAUUACAUUAAUAAUCAAUACGUAUCAUGCGUGGCAUUCGACGAUCGGUAAAAACAAAAAUACUUUUGUUAUCAUUGGUUCUCGCAACAUUCGUAUUAUACCUCAAAUUUCAAAUCAAAUUUAUAACGAAAAAUUCAGAUAUACUCGAAAAUGACAUGCACUAUAAUAGUCAAAAACUUAAAUUAGUUGAAGACCAAAAUAAAGUGGAUACAAAUGCGAACACUCUUGAUUACAAGAAAUUUAUUGAUGCUGAUUUUGCAAAACAAGUGAAAGGAUUUGGUAAUAAUGGAAAGGCCUCAGUUCUUACAAAUGCAAAAUCUAAAGAAAUUGGUGAGCAUCAAUUGAAAAAAAUUGCACUGAAUGAAGAAUUAAGUGAACACUUGAGCUAUAACCGAACACUUCACGAUGCUCGCAAUCCUUUAUGUUUAAAUCAGUAUGUGAAUUUGAAUGCGCUUCCAACAACUUCUGUUGUUAUUAUAUUUUACAAUGAACCAUAUUCUGUUUUGGUGCGCACUGUUCAUAGUGUCUUGAAUACAGUCAAUUUCCGUUUGUUGAAGGAAAUAAUUUUAGUAGAUGAUUGUAGUACAAAUGAGGCACUUAAAGGAAAAUUAGACUACUAUGUGCAUACAAAAUUGCCAAAAAACUUUGUGAAAAUUAUUCGUCUUAAACAUAGGUUGGGAUUGAUUCGAGCUCGUUUAGCAGGAGCACGUUUAGCAAAUGGAGAUGUUCUAGUCUUUUUAGAUGCUCAUUGUGAAGCAAAUCAAGGUUGGAUUGAGCCUCUAUUGGCUCGUAUCAAGCAAUCCCGGACCAGCGUAGUAGUUCCAAUUAUCGAUGUGAUUGACGCUAAAGACUUCCACUACAGUAUUAAUGGUUAUAAAAAUUUUCAGGUCGGAGGUUUUACGUGGAACGGCCACUUCGAUUGGAUUAAUGUGCCGGAAAGAGAAAAACAACGUCUUCGGAAGGAUUGUGGUGAGAAGGCUGAUAUAUGUCCCACAUUCAGCCCAACAAUGGCAGGCGGUCUUUUUGCGAUAUUACGAGAAUAUUUUUGGGAUAUUGGGUCAUACGAUGAACAAAUGGAUUUCCAGACAAUAGAGACACACACGGUAUAAAUACCGUGAGGAUGGCAAAAGUGUGGAUGUAUGGCUGAGAUUCUAAUUAUUAUCAUUUUCAUUAUAUAUAUGAAUGGGUAAGAAUAAUCAUGAGCUCCAAACAUUCUUUA